GUAUUUGCCAUCCCCCCACUUUGGACGAAAAGACGUCGUCGAUGUCGUCGCCGCAUAUCUUCAAUAUUUUUGCAAUGCUAGAAAACAAUUAAAAAGUAUUGUUUCAUUCGUCUUAAUGUUGAUUUUGUGUGAUUAAAGUGAAAAAUAGCUGUUCACCCAUCAUAUUGUGUGCAAAGCAAACGAGUUAAGCGUGGCUAAAAGAGCCAACAAAAAAUAGCAGCCAAAACUGCCGGCAGACGCAGACGCUUUUCUUCUUUUUUUUGCGUGUGUGCAAACAGCAAGAAAGAAGAGAACGAAAAUUGUGAACAGCGUCAUCUGCAGCAAGUAUGGCGAACGUGGAAAUUUACGAUUCAUCCAAUUCGCAAUUGAGUAGCGAUGAAUACAGUCACGAUGAGGACGACGAUGGUCUGAUGGACGUGGCUGUGAUUGGCAAACAGCAGCAACAACAACAACAAACACCGGCCAAACAAUCGUCCAAGUCUAACACAACAACAAACUCAUCAUCCACGGAGACAUCGCCAUCGAAAUCGACCAGCAACGAAACAACACCAAGAAAACUCUCUUCCAACGAUGUGAUGGAGAGUGUCAAGAAGCCGCCAGAUAGUACCGAGCAUACACAACGACAGAUCAAGCAGAUGCAGCGCAACAACAACGCUAACUUGUACUUUAAACGCCGCAGUAUCAAAUGGCUCAAUCAACGUGCUGCUAAUAAAAUAGAUUAUUUGCUACGCUUGAAGCAAACGUUGCCGAAGCAUUUGGACCACGCACGUCGAAUGAAUGCUUAUCGGGCCAAGAAACGGGCCUUUGAGAUGGCCCAACGCAACCGCCAACCGCGUCCUUAUGACCGCACACCAAGUCGCAGUCGCACACACAGUCGCAGUGCUUCAGCUUCGCCUGAAUUGAUUUGUCUCGACGACACUGAGAACGAAGAUUCACCUGAGAAGCCGGCAGUCGUGCCGCCGCCAACACCACGCAAUGAUUCGCAACGUGCGCUCAUCCAGCUGAUGAAGACGCCUCCGCCGACAGCUGCAUUUGCUGUGCAAUUGGAGGAGGAGCAAGUGGAGGCACCGCCAGCUGAGAAUGGUUCGGUGCUCGAUGAGUUCCUUACUCUGAAGCCUGCUGUUGCUGCUGAGCCCAUCAUUGAGGCUGCCGUUUGCAAUGAUGUCAAAGAGCAACCACAGCAGCAGCAAUUGGAUCUGACUGUCUUGUCUAGUUACAAAGUGGUGGAAGCCAUUGAGCCAGCUGUUGCUGCCAACUUGGAGCUGCCCUUAGAGGAGGCAAAUCUGAAGCGUCGUCGUUCGAUAACACCGCCGCCAACGGCUGAAAAGCGCGCCAAGCCAUUGCCAAUAACUGAAGAAUUGGACGAUGAUAUUGUAGAAUUCAUACCCAGUGAUAUGUCCAAACAGCAACAGCAAGCUGCAGCACCUGCAACGCCAGCACCAGCACAGCAACCGCCGACGCCAAUUCAAUCGACGCCGCUGCCCAAAGCAGCCAAUUUGAACAAUUCACUCAAUGCUGAGACAACAGCUGCUGCAACGGUGCUCAAAUUGGGUUCACCUUACACACUGAACGCAUCGCCAGCGUUCUAUGGCAAAGAGUUGCCGAGGAAGCCGCAGCUACCAGAGCACGUCUCGCCCAUUUCCUACAGCCUGGAGCUGCCGCCAACACGUGUGGAGCACAUGGAGAUUGAUUAUGCCAAAUCGAAGCUUGAGGCUCUGCCAAAUGCUUUACUAAAGUCGGCUAAAGACACUCAGCAGCAAUUGUUGCACUCGGAACAGCAGCUGUAUCAGCAGCAGCAGCAGCUGGAACAGCAAUAUCAACAACAGCUGCAGGCAGUCGAGCAGCAACGUCAACUGCAGGCAGCAGCACAACAGCAGCAACAACAACAGCAGGCAGCAGAGCUGCUACUGCAACAACAGCGAGCAGCACAACAGCAGCAACAACACGCAGUAAAUCCGCCGCAGCAACAGCAACCGGCAACAACUCAACAGCAGCCACCGCAGCAAAUGUUGCCACCGCCACAGCAACCGCAGACGCCACCACGUUCCAAGUCGCGUCCGGCACAAACUCAAACCACAUCGCCACAGCCACCGCCGGCGCCAUCGCAGCCAGCUGGGCGCAGCAACAAGUCACGCGUGGACUUGAAUAGCACCAACAACAGCGAUGCAGCCUUCCAUGAGCGUGUGCGUGAACUCUACACGGAGCUGGACGAGAUUAUGACUGAUAAGGUGCGCGCUGUGAAGCCAGAGCUGAAAGCCUUCGCCGAGGAGAAGCAACGCAUUGACUCGGAUAUUCGCACGCUGGACAAUUUGAUUGUCAAAAAGGAGGAGGAGCACAAUCGUCUGCUGCACUUGCGUUGCAUCAAAGGCGAGUUACGGGCGCGCGUCGAGCGGAAGGAACGCAUGCUAAUCAUGCGCGAGAUAUUGCCCUCGAUACUCAACAAGAACUGUAACACUUCCGAUCUCUAUGGCAUGCAGUCAAUGCUGUUGCAGGAGUACAAUUCGCCCAUGCCAAAUCGUUCGGCCACCACGGCCAUGGAGCAGCUAAUCAAUAGAGUGGAGAAUGGCAUCGAUGAUGUGAAAAUGCUGCGCAGUGCUUUGGGCAUGCUGGAACGCGAGGCAACCGGGGAGGCUCGUUAUGAAGAUAUGCAUCCACUGUAUCGCAGCAAUUCGGUGCCCGUUUUGCGUCCCACAUUGCCACCAUUGGUCUCCACUGAUCGCUCAGCCAAUUACGGACGCCAAGGGCCGGUGCGCGAUGUGCGCGGCCUCAUCGAAGACUAUCGUCGCGAGCAUCCCGAACAGGUGCCGCUGGUGGGCAAACGCAAUAAGGUGCAGCCACCUCCAUCGCGUUAUCAGCAGUUGAUCAACGAGUCCAGGCAGCUGACAAAUGCUUCGAUGAAUCUAACUGCGGCUAGCUCGCAGCUUUUGCAGCCGCCCCAACAGGCCAACAAUCAUUUUGAUGGUGAGACGCCACAGAAGCCACUGUACAACAGCAGUCCAUUGGGUGCCGGGGGGACGCAAUCCAAACAAUUCACGCAAUCAGUCCAACGUAGAUGAUGUCCAAUAUGGAGCCACACAUUCCACACAUUAUGCGGAGCAGAUGCAGGAACUGGUGACGAUCGAGAAGGCGCACACCAAUCGCACCAUCAACAACAAUAACCACAGCAACUAUAACAAUAGAAGCAUCGUCUCGUCCACAAACGGACC